AUGGUUAUGUGUAGCUUUUCUUCCACUCUCUAUUCUUUUGUUCCUUAUGGUUGCUACUGCGGUUUUGGAGGCUAUGGUACACCGAUGGAUGAAGUUGAUAAGUGUUGCCAAACUCAUGACAAUUGUUAUGGAGAUGCUCUUGCUAAAUGUUACAACAUAACCUCUCUUCUGUAUUUGUGGCCUUAUUCCUGGUCUUGUCCAAAAACAGCUGAAGGAGCAGUUCAAACUAAAACUGGCAAUUCUCCCAGAUGCAAAAAUACGCUUUGGAAUCCAUGCGGCCAGGCGUUAUGUGAAUGUGACCAGAAAAUUGUUGAAUGUUGGGCCAAUGUUUCCACAACGCCACCAAGCGAAAGACUAAAAUGCAAUGAAAUGGAAACGACUACAGUUUUACCUAACAUGCCUUCAACACUCUUGUAA